GUAAGAUGUUACGCAAGGCCUAAGAGCCCGUUGAUCGUCUACUGCAUUCUGCCACUGGCCAUUGAAUGUGCUUCGUGAGAACGGGCAUCGCUGUCGUACAUCUUCGCGCCCACUUCGGUACCCAAUUCCCAGCGGCACUCUGUCCCCACGGUAGGCGGCUAUCUUAAUUACCAAACGUCUCGCUCGCGUACACUCAUAGCCUUCCACUCCGUUCAUGAGUUAGCUCGUCGACAUGGACUACAACGGUAAACUUGUUCUUGCGCCCAUGGUACGGGUGGGAACGCACCCGAUGCGUCUGCUGGCGGCAGGGUACGGUGCUGACAUUGUGUACGGCGAGGAGUUGGUUGACAAGCGCGUCAUCGCCUCUGUACGACGAGUCAACGCUGCCCUGGGCACUGUUGACUUCCUGGACAAGGGAGGGGAGCAAGGCGGCAGGGUCAUGUUCCGCACCAGCCCCUCCGAGGCGCCCCGCCUGGUGUUCCAGCUGGGCACCAGCGACCCGGCGGCGGCACUGGCGGCGGCGCAGGUGGUGUGCGGCGACGUGGCGUGUGUGGACGUCAACAUGGGCUGCCCCAAGCAGUUCUCGCUGCAGGGCGGCAUGGGCGCAGCGCUGCUCAGGAAGCCGGAGCUGGCGGAGGACAUCUUGAAGACCCUCCGCCGCAACCUCAACCUGCCCGUCAGCUGCAAGAUACGAGUGCUGGAUGACCCACGGGACACUGUCGAGCUGGCUCGGCGGCUGGCCUCCUGCGGCAUCUGCGCGCUGGCAGUGCAUGGCCGCACCUCGCAGCAGCGGCCUCGGGACCCGGCGGACUGGGGGCACAUCCGGACGGUGGUUGGAGCGCUGCCCGACCUGCCGGUCAUUGCUAACGGUGACGUCAUGUCGUACGAGGACGCAGUACGAGUACGGCAGGAGACGGGGGCGGCAGCCGCCAUGAUAGCCCGAGCCGCCAUGUGGAAUGCCUCCGUCUUCCGACCGCAGGGAUUCCUGCCACUGGAUGUCGUACAGCGGCAGUACGUGCGGCUGGCGGUCAGCUGGGACAACGCGCUGCCCAACACCAAGAACUGCCUCAAGGAGAUGGCCGACGCGCCCGCCUCCUUCCCCGGUCGCGCGGGCGGCCCCCGGGUGCUGCAGGGUCACGAGGGCAACGUGGCGGUGACGCGGGUGAAGGACAACACGGGGCUGCUGGGGCUGCUGGGGCUGGGGGGCCAGCCGCCCUACCAGGAGCCCCAAGAUGCCAGCACUGCAGCAGUCGGCGCGGGCUGCGGGCCACUGCACCGGGACACUGCCAAGCAGCCCGCUAGCAAGCGGCCGCAGCAGCGGCGACAGCAGCAGCAACGAGAGGAGCAGCAGCAGGACCGGCGACAACCAGGCCUGCAGCAGACGACCGGUCAGCCGCCGCAGCAGCAGCCGCAACACGAGGCGCAUGGGGGGCGGCAGCAACAAGAGCAGCAGCAGCAGCAGGGGGGGCAGCAGGAGGUAGCAGCAACGGAGGUGGAGGCAGGUGGUGAGCUGGGCCAACUCGCAGAGCAGGUGCAGCCGCUGCCGCAGCCUGGGGGUCUGGAUGCAGCGGUGGGGUUGGUUGCAGUGGUGAAGUCGGCGUCAUGUGGGGGACCGGGAGCCGCAGCCAAUACCAGGGUAGCGGGG